UUUGUACACAUUACUUUAUGCUUUUGAAACAUUUAAAUUAUAAGGGUAUAGAUUUUUGAUACAAAAAAUAUAUUAUUUAAGAAGAAAGAAGUUGUCUGUGUAAUUAUUUUUUCGUAAUGUAAUUAGUAAAUUUGUCGUUUUUUAUUUGGAACAUAUAAACGCUUACUGAAGGGAAAUUUGUGUCCAAUAUGUCUGGUAUAUUUAAUUUGUUUGUAGAUUCGACUCAAGUCGCAAGAGCUCCAACGGUUUUUGGAUCGAAUGGCUUGAGUAAUAAUUCUGUGCAGAGAGCAAAAACUAUUGGGGCACCAGGAUCAACUCCUGCUAAAAUUUUUGGACAAAAAUCUAAAGGUCUUAGUAUUCGAUCUUCAUCUGCAUUGAAUAUCCAUUCGCCAUCUCCUCGAUCGUUUGAGGUCAAAAAGAAUAUCUUAAAAACUGAAAAUUGCACUUUAAAACCAUUGGAAACUCUCGGCAAACCUAAAUCUCCAAUCAGGCAAAAAUCUCCAAUAAGGUUGUUAUCUCCUCAGAAAAAUCAGAAAACGUUAAGCCCUAAAUUGGUCGUUUCUACAAACGAGAAAAUACAGGUUUCAAAAGGGCCAGAGGAAUUUGUUUUUAAAAAACCACUUACUCCUCGCAAGCUUAAAAAAUCAGAUAUGGAUUAUCCAGAACCUGAGGUCUUGGCCCCAAUUGGCGAUAUGGAAUUUGAAUUAUAUAAUGACGUCUAUCAAGAAUUUCUUAAUUCAAGCAAGAGACCAUUUUCUUGUUCAGAUGAAGAUGAAGGAUUUCUCUCCGAUAAUGAACCAGUACCCAUUGUGCAAGAAGAAGUCCAGUCUCGAGAAAGUCGUUUGAAUCAAAUGGAUGUUCCAUUGCCCGAGUUAGAUCCAUUUUCUGAUUUUGACAGUUCCGAGGAGUAGAUACUAUAUUGAAUAGUUAUUUUUAUACGCUUGUGAUACAACUAUUCAUACAACACCUUAAGAAGAGAAUUUAGAAUUAAGUAUUAAUAAUAAUAUUUAAAUUUAUUUUAGAGAGUUUUAAAAUUCAAAGACUGAUUCUUUUUCACUGAAGCAUUUGGAUUAUAAUUCUAUGAUUUCUCCUUUACUUAUAAAAAUUGCAUUUAGAUUGUGUAAAUUAGACUAAAUUGACCCUUUUACUCAAUCUUCUGAGUUACUUUUUAUCGUUUUAUUAGACAGCAAUAACAAUUUUUUAUUUCACUUUUUUUAUUUCCAUAUAUUUUUAAAUUUUUUUAUACUGAUGAAAACUCAAUAAAAAUUACGAAUAAAAAUGUAAAAGGGUGAAUGUACUUCUGGCAGUAAAUCCAUAAAAAUAAAAAUUCGAAAAAUCUCUAAGAGAUAAAAUUUAUGUAGAUGAGAAACUAUUUGGUUCAGCGUAUCUUUAUAUCAUUUACUUUUUAUGUAUUUAUAGUAACUUUAAUUUUGUAAUAAGUCCAUGAUUGUGAAACGAAAACUUUUUUAAAAAUAAAUGGAAAGCAUAUUAAUCACAAAAAGUAA